AUGUACCCCCCACGGCCCUUCUCGCCGGCGCUCGCGGCGGUUGUCGCCGCUCUUUCCUUCGCGCAACAUCUCCAAGCAGCCGGAGUCACCAACGAGUCAAGCAUUGCCGCAGGCAGGACCUUCGACUACGUCAUCGUCGGCGCCGGCACCGCGGGCACGACUGUCGCGGCGCGUCUGGCGGAAGACCCGACGCUCGAGAUCUUGGUCAUCGAACCCGGAGGCGACGACCGGACGAACCCCGACAUCUACGACAUCUACCAGUUCUACGAUUCCACGGCCAUCUUCGGGGGACCACUAGAUUGGGCGUGGACCACAGACCAGGGGAAGGUCAUCCAUGGCGGGAAGACGCUUGGCGGAAGCUCCUCCAUCAACGGUGCGAUGUGGAACGCGGGGGCGCAGUCGCAGUACGACAUAUGGUCGGAGAUGCUCGAGCCGGACGAGGUGUCCGUUGGGUGGAACUGGGCGAACAUGUCGGCGUACAUGAAGAAGGCAGAAGGCUUUUCUCCCCCGAACGCACAGCAGCGCGCGAAGGGCGCAGCUUCCGUCGCGGCCUUUCAUGGGACGAACGGACCUGUCCAGGCAACCUUCCCAAACGCGAUGUUCCGCGGUCCCGAGAACCCGGCAUUCAUUUCGGCGGUGACGAACUUGACGGGCACGCCAUAUUGCAAGGACUUCAGUAGCGGAACGCCGACCUGCGUUUCUCUAUCGCCUCAGAGCCUAGACUGGCACAGAGACGAUCAUCGCUCGUCGUCGAUCGAGGCGUACUAUACCCCCGUCGAAGACAAGCGUGAUGGACUCACGUUCCUGAUCCAACAUCGAGUCACUAGAAUACUGUUUGAUCGCAACAAAAGUGCCCCUGUGGUCGCCUCGGGGGUGGAGUUUGCAAGCGCAGAUGGUUCGGGAAGCCGUUUGAGCGUUUUUGCUCGCAAGGAGGUCAUACUCUCCGCCGGGGCGAUCCAUACCCCGGCUGUGCUGCAGCUGUCCGGCAUCGGCAACCCCGAUCUUCUGGUUUCGCUCGGUAUAGCUCCUCUCGUCAACAUAACGACCGUCGGCAGAAACCUGCAAGAGCAGACACAAAGUGUUAUUGCAGGACCGACGAACGGCUUCGACAUCGGAGGACAGGGCCCGCCGGAUGCCAUCGCCUUUACCAGCAUACGCGAGCUGUUCGGGGUCUUUGCUGACGACGCGAUCGCCAAGCUGCAAGAGUCGCUCCCGUACUUUGCACAGACCCAGGCGCACAACGGAAUGUCUGCUCGGUCGCUGCAGACGAUUUUCGAGCUCCAGGCGAAGACGCUUAUCGAGGACAACGCACCCGUCACGGAACUGUACUUUGUCGUCCUGGGCGGCGACAUUGGCAUCGUCACGUGGAACCUCAUUCCGUUCAGCAGAGGAAAUGUUACGAUUGCAUCGAACGACCCAUUCCAGAAGCCCAUCGUCAACGUCAACUACUUCGACGUUCCCUGGGAUCUCGACGUCCAAAUCGCCUCCGCGCGGACGUGUCGCCUCUUGCUCAACAGCCCCCCUCUCGCCGCCCUCCGCAAUUCCUCCGGCGAGUUGGAGCCCGGACUCAGCGCCGUCCCGGACCCGACGGGCGACGGCGGCGCGUCCGCCGACUGGGCCGCGUGGAUCACCCAGCCCGGUCCGUCCGCCGGGUUCAGCGCGAACUCGCACCCGCUCGCGACGGCGGCGAUGAUGCGGCGCGCGCUCGGUGGGGUCGUCGACGCGCGCUUGCGGGUGUAUGGGACGGAGCGACUGCGGGUGGUGGACGCGUCGGUGCUGCCGGUGCAGCUGAGCGCGCACCUGUCGCGGACGGUGUACGGCGUGGCGGAGAAGGCGGCGGACUUGAUCAAGGAGGACCAGUGA